GAGCCAAUCCAUUCAGGAUGGGAAACCACGCAGGCAAACGAGAAUUAAAUGCCGAGAAGGCCAGUACGAAUAGUGAAACUAACAGAGGAGAAUCUGAAAAAAAGAGAAACCUGGGUGAACUUUCACGGACAACCUCAGAGGACAACGAGGUGUUUGGAGAGGCAGAUGCGAACCAGAACAAUGGGACCUCCUCUCAGGACACAGCGGUGACUGACUCCAAGCGCACAGCGGACCCAAAGAAUGCCUGGCAGGAUGCCCACCCAGCUGACCCAGGGAGCCGCCCCCACUUGAUCCGCCUCUUUUCCCGAGAUGCCCCGGGGAGGGAGGACAACACCUUCAAAGACAGGCCCUCUGAGUCCGACGAGCUCCAGACCAUCCAAGAAGACAGUGCAGCCACCUCCGAGAGCCUGGAUGUGAUGGCGUCACAGAAGAGACCCUCCCAGAGGCACGGAUCCAAGUACCUGGCCACAGCAAGUACCAUGGACCAUGCCAGGCAUGGCUUCCUCCCAAGGCACAGAGACACGGGCAUCCUUGACUCCAUCGGGCGCUUCUUUGGCGGUGACAGGGGUGCGCCCAAGCGGGGCUCUGGCAAGGUGAGCUCUGAGGAGUAGAGGAGCUUUAGUUUAAAUGGAAAAAGCAAAGGAGAAAUCAGUAGGUGAACUAAGCCAUUAGAGGAAGAACUGGCAUGUAGCCUCUUGCUGUCUAAGGUCUCGUUCCGUGCUGGAGAAUGCAUAUGAGCCCAAGAGUGUGGGCCUGAGUGGCUGCUUAGGACGUUUUCAUUUAACUCACCCCCUCUUUUCCUCACAAGGGAUGGUGGCCGGGGUGUGGCUCAGGAAUGUAAGGACAUGCUGAAUUCUGGAUCUCUAAGGGUGCCUGGACAUGGGCGUUGCAGAAAGAGAGCCACGUUCUCAGGGUCUCUGGUGGUGUGUGCUUGCGGACUUGAUGACUGAUGUUGCCUCUGCAGCCCACACGCUGGGGUUCAACACUGGGUUAUGCUCGUUUUUUCCUGGAGUCAGUGCUGCUAGCUUCAUGUUGCUCUGCGACAAUCAUAGGAUUGAGGUCGAGGAAGACUUUUGAACAAACUCCUCAAUUUAAAUCCGCCUUGAGCAAACGUUCUCUGUGGUCUGAGAAGUGGAAGAGGGGAGGGAUAAAUGAGUGUCUAUGAAUCAAAGCUUUAUUAUCUUGUGAUUCCAUUAAUUUGCAUACAGAGUCUUAGAAGUUUCUUUAUUCAAAAGCAAAUGUUCUGUGGAUAAAAAUGUAUUACAAAAAAAAAAAACUCUGCUAUGGGGUCCAGAGUCUAGGAGUGGUUUCUGCAGUUGAUUGUCAGUGGAGAACCUGUGCUGGUUCAUCAAAGCGCUGGUCCCUGAGUGCCAUUCAGAUUGCAGAUGCAGUAUUUUACGUGAUGUUUAGAGUGUUUGGUGGUUGUGUAAUUUUGGAGAGAAAGAAGUUUUUACCAAAAAAGUCCCUAGUUUAUUGGGUGUUCUCACACAACCUGUAAGAUGAAGCUGUUUUUCUGCCUGUGUGCAGGGCUGAUUCUGGAAUUCUGGAAGGCCUUGUGGCAGCGUAAAAGGCUUUUGAAUAAAGUGUGGAACAGAGCGCCUCAUUCUGAUAACAUGCAAUCAUAAAAACCAUAGGGCAACUUGGAGUUAAGGAGUUUCUAGAAUUUGCUUUAGUCUCCAACUGCAAUUCUUUAUUGAUCAUGAAAUUGUUGAAGAGAAACACAAAUGUCAGUUUUACCUUUCCUGUGGGCGUGAAAGCACAUCGAAGUUUCAGGCAACUGUUAACAUCUCUACCAUCUGACUGAGUUGAGAUUUCAGGUUGUGACACUUGCCGUGACUUAUUUGUAAAUGACAUUUUGUGUGUCUUAGAUCCUAAUGGAAUUCAUAUUCUGGCUAGUUCUUUCAGUGCAUUUGUAGACAUGUUCUCUUCCUUUGUGGCAGUCCUCCCUCACCCUGAAAUGUCGGUGUUCCAACCGAUUUCUAAUGCUAAUUUCAACUGGAAGCACUUUUUCAAGCCCAGCUAUCAAACCACACCAGACAUGUAUGGAUUCGGGUUGCCCAAUAAAGCGUUGCUAUUAUGUAAGCAUCCCUCACGCAUACAGCAUCACCAGUUUUGAAAGCUUGAACUAUUCUGCUUACUUCAAGGUACAGAAAAAAAAAUGUACUUAAACUGUGCAGAAAAGAUGAAAUCACUGGAUAAUAUGUAUUAUAAAAUAAGCUUCAUGUGAGUGAUACUGGUUUAAGUUGAAAUAAAAUGGUGAAAGCAUUGAUAUCAAUCAUUGUGACUUUAUCUCAAAACGAUAUUGACACACAUAGAUGUUUUUCUUCCUUUAUGGUAAGAUUACAGCCUUUAUUGUCUUAAAUCUCUUAUACUCUUCAAUAUUUUCAAAGAAAACAUUCUAGUCUCAGAAAUAGUCCAUCUCUUUGCAAAACAGGGCUGGCCAAUUAUCAAGGACCCAUAAAAAUCAAAACACUUUCAAAAAUUUUAAAAAUAAAAAUAAUUUUCACAUGAUUGCUUUAGGAAUUUUGAAGUAUCAAUUCUUUUCACUAUGGAGUGUUGAAUAUAGAAGAUUUUUUAAUGAACAGGCUUGCCCUUUGAUGCCAAAGGCAAAAAAUAAUAACAUUUGCACGUGUGAUCAUAGAGCAGCUGUGAGGCAUCCCGGGGGAACGCACACAGUGGGGAUGUGAUUGUUCCACUCAACUAUUUUAUCACAAAGUGUUGUAAACAUGGGAGAUGAAAGCUUAACUCUCUCUACACCAGCUACAGACCCAUAAUGGCCCUAAAAAUCUGGGGCAUUCUUUGGUGCGGGCUGCCAUGGAGGAAUUUUUGGUUUUGUUUUUAUUUUUAUUUGUUGUUCUGUUUACAAAUCAGGAGAGCCCCUGUUUUUAUAUGCUAGGAAGGUCCUUAGGAUAGGCCGAAGAGGUGUGCAAACAAGAGCAGUGGAAGGCCCGGGCCCUGUCUCUCAGGACCACGGCGGCCUGCCCCGCACACAGUUCUGCUUCUCCCCAUCUAGAACGAGGUUUUCCCGGCAGAUUCCUGCCAGACUCUGAGUGGAGCCCCCCCAUGACCCUAUAAAAGGGGCUGUUUGUCCUCCUCCCACCCUCCUGUGCUCUUCCUCCCUCCCCUUGAGGGCACAUGGCCGCUGGUACCACAUGUUGGAGCGGCCGCCCCCGAGCCCGGGAAUGCCCUAACAACACCCACGCUUGUGUUGCUGGGAGCUGACAUUCAAGAAAAGUGCAUUAAAAAUUCCUUGAGAAGGCAUAUUCUUUUGAGAGCCGUAAAUGAAAAGUGCAUUCACGGAGAACAUGCUCCUUUGUUGUGAGAGGAAAGAAAGGACUGUUGUUGCCUUUAAGGAACAGGUUUCCCAGUUCUCCGGAAGGUCAGGGUCACAUGAGGAAUGGGUGAGCACUUAGGGCCAAGACUGGCGUGUGCUUGGCCCGGCAGCUUCUCUCCAAGUGACCUCUCCAGCAUCACUCUGUGCCAGUGCUCAUAUCUGAGGCCACUUGAGUGUCACGAGGCAGACAGAGCCUGGAAACAUUAGCUUUGGAAACCGUUCCUUCCUUUUUAUGUGGAGGAAGUAAGGUUUCACAAGACACCCAAGCUGGACAUGGUGAUGUGCCACUUGGAUGGUUCCCAAAGCAGAAAGCAGCCAGGACAUCCCAGUACCCCACUUCUCCGUGCCGUGUACUUUUAGGGAGGUUUUUGAAAGCUAGCUUCUUACCAAUGAUUUUGUCUAUUUUUCUGUUUUACGUGAAAACCUUCAUUUAUAACCUGCUCUUCUCAGCAUUCUUCUAUUCAGCAUUCAGUAUGACUUCUAUGCCUCUAAUUGCGACUGUAUGGAGAACUGUUUGUCAUUCAGUGCCGUGGGAUAUAAUCAGUCCUGUAAAUUAAUCAGAAUGUUCUGUUGCCUGAUUUUUUUUCCACUGCAUUUUAAUUUCAUUAAACAUAUUUUAGUUCUACAGUAACCUAAUUCCUCAUUGUUACCAUGAGAUCCUAAUUCUGUAGCUGUGUUCUGUAAUCCCACGGGGCGUGUACCAUUUGGAGACAGAUGAAGGAUACAGUAGACAGCACAGAGGGCAGCAACACACAGGGGUGUCCUCCCUCCCCAGAGCCCAGUGUGCACACAGAACCAAAUUCAAUCUCAUUCAUCGUGAGCUUGCGUGGUAACUGAUCCAGCCACUCAGUACCUCCAUUGGAUAAGAGAUUUGGCCACAGAUUCUUCUAGAGAAAAUCCAAAUGUGGAGGGUGCAUUUGUUUCUGCACCCAAACAAAUACUUUUUGAGAUUUCUUAUAGGCAUUCUUCUCGAAGUCUCAUUACUCUGAUCAGUUAUUGAUCGGAGGCUACCCUGGCUCAGUCGCCAGCUGCUCACUGUGUCCUUCUGUGGUCUCAGGAGCUGCAGUUGUCGCUGUUGUAUGAAUAGACGAUAGUUAAUUAGACUGGAUGUGUCUGUACUGGCAGUGAUUUUGCAACUUCCUCUGUAUAAGCGAUACAUUUGUAAAUCAUGGGAAUGUAUUUGAUGGUAAUUGCCUGUGGUGGUUGUAUCAUGAUUUAAUUUUAUUAUGAGCUUUUGGCUUUAUAUAUUUUUCUGCCUUUUUAUGCAUUCAUUAAACAGUUUAACAGACCAA